GCUGCCCAAUUAUAAGAUUUGUGUGUGGUAUUACAACAGAAAUCAAGCAUGAAAAGUGGACUAUAAAGGCUGCAGGAGGCAUGUACCUUACCAGAAGACAAUUUCCUCUGAAACUUGCUUGGGCUUUUUCUAUACACAAAUCACAGGGUAUGACUUUGGACUGCGCAGAAAUGUCCCUCUCCAAAGUCUUUGAAUCUGGUCAAGCAUACGUGGCACUGUCUCGAGCCAAGAACCUCAAGAGUAUAAGGGUACUGGAUUUCAAUCCCACAUGUAUACGUGCACAUCCAGAUGUUUUGAAGUUUUACCAAAGACUUCGUCGAAUGUGAUGUGCUGAGCAAUAACCGAUUCGUAAUUAUGAGCUACAUGUCAGUGUGGUCAAGUGCUGUAUCAACAUGUGCUGUUCCUCAGUUAUAUUUUGUUUUACUGGUGUAUGUGUACAGUACAAAUAUCGAAUAAAUUUUUAUAAAUAUUUGUUAAGUUUAAUAUAA